AUGUCACAGCACGCUUGCAUCACGCGCGGGCGCCUGGCCCGAAUGCAGAUUCCCCCGCUGGGAGCAGUUCGGUCCCGAGUAGUGCGACCAGCUGCCUUUGACGCCCACUUCAAGGAGGGAAUCCAUCGUGAAGUGAGCGUCAAUGGGGAAAUAAAGACGCGCUGGCUCAUGUCGAAGCGGUACAUGCAUCGGGCAGGCAGCACGUCGCUGCGCAGCGCUGACGAGGGCUCCGACGACUCGGCACACCCGGCGUCUCCGCGCGAGCUCCAGAGUUUGAAGGAAGCGCUUCAGGCAAGCAGUGCCAAGUUCAAGGAGCAGCUGGCAGAGGAGGAGGCCUUGAGAAGGCGACUCGAGGCCUUGCAGAAGAAGGCAGCAGAAGGUCAGCCGCAGGAACAGAAACAGCCUCCUGAGGCCAGCAAGGACGCCGUGCCCGUCCUGGACAAGGAGAAGGACAAAGACAAAGCAAAGGAGGACCCGUCCAGCCCAAAGACAGAGCCGUCCGAGGCUUCGCCGACCUCCCCAUCGCCGGCCUCCCCAGGAAAAGGGAAAGGCAAAGCCCCGGGCAAAAGCAAGGCCCCGCCAAAAGGCAAGGGCAAGGGUCAAGACGACGCACCGGGCGCUGCACCUCGAAUGCCUGAGGUGAAGCCGAGGAAGGCGAUGAAGAAGCUCUAUUGGAACCCUCUGAAGCUCGGGAACGGCUUCGCAUCCACCGUCUGGGAGUUUGCCGCGCUUCGCUUCGAGCAGGGCGGUGCGUUCUUCGACCAGGAUGAGCUGGAGAACAACUUCGCCGAGAUGGAAGUGCCGUAA